AUGGCUGACGAGUCUUCCGCUGCUGCUGUUGCACCUACCGCAAAGCCCCAGGCCGAGGAGGUUGACUACACACUGAACAACCCCGAUGUUCUCACAAAAUACAAAGAUGCGGCAGUAAUCGCCCACAAGGUCCUUGAGGCUGUUUCAAAGUUGGCCGUCGAUGGUGCAACCAUCUUGAGCCUUUGCCAGGCUGGUGACAAGAUGUUGGAUGAGGAAACCGCAAAAGUGCACAAGGGCAAGAAGAUCAGCAAGGGAAUUGCCUUCCCUACCACCGUUUCUCCCAAUGAUAUCCUCACCCCCUACACACCUCUCUCCACCGAUGCCGGUGAGGCUGGCAUUACAGUCUCAAACGGCGACGUUCUCAAGAUCCAGCUCGGUGCCCAAAUUGAUGGAUUCCCUGCAAUCGUCUCAGACACCAUCGUCGUUGGCGAAGAGAGUAAUGACAACAAUGACCUCAUCCUUGCGACCCACUACUGCAAUGAAGCCCUUCUCCGUCUAAUGAUGCCCGCCGAUAUCCACCCCUCAAACACCCCCGAGAAGCCAUACAAGGUGCCUUCAUCCUACGAAAUCACCGAGAAGCUGAAGAAGAUUGCCGCCGCUUACGGCUGCACUCUUGUAGAGUCCACCACCUCAUUCGUCUUUGCCCGCAACGAGAUCGAGGGCAAGAAGCGCCUUGUUAUCCUCCCGGGUGAAGGUAUCCCCAAGAGUGAGGGAACCCCCGAGGUUGGCGAGGCCUGGGGUGUUGAGCUCUCCUUGUCCAAGGGCAGUGGAAAGGUCAAGGAGGUUCCCGGAAAGAGGGCCACCCUCCACAGGAAGACCGACACAAAGUUCAGUCUUAAGAGAGAGUCUAGCAGAGCUACACUUAACGAGGUUGUUAAGAAGUUUGGAACAUUCCCAUUCGGUCUCAGACAGCUGGAUGAUGAGAGGACAGCAAAAGCUGGUAUCUUGGAGUGCGUUAGAGGCAAUCUGUUUAGACAGUUUGAGGUUUUGGGAGACAAGGAUGGUGCGGCCACUUCUAGGCUCUUUACCACCAUUGCCAUCACCAAGAACGGCAUCACAAAGCUCGCCGCUCCCCCGGCCCCUGAUUUCGAGAAGGUUACUUCGGACAAGAAGAUUGAGGACGAGUCCAUUCUUGAGCUGCUCGCCCUCCCGCUAAGGGCAGAGAGCAAGGCGUCCAAGAAGAAGAAGAAGAAGACCGCCAAGAAGGAAGAUGCCGAAUAA